AUGCCGUCCUCCCGGCUCGGGGUGGCGCUCUACCGCUCGCUCCUGCGCAGCGCCAAGGUGCUGGACGCCCACGAGGCCUUCAAGGCGCUGCUGCCGCGCGAGGUGGAGUGGCGGCACGGGGCCAAGUGGUGCGACUUCUUCAGCUCCGGCUCCUCGUGCGCAGCCGCCGUGCGCGCCGAGUUCCGAGCGCCCAGAGCUCGCCAGGAGCUCGACGACGCGCUGGACGAGGCGCUGCGGAUCAACAAGACAGUCGCAGAGCGCGUGCACCUGCUCUACCGCGACGAGGACGACCGAGAUCUCCUGCGCUUCGCGGAGGUGACGCACCCCACCACGUUCGACGAGAAGUACGAGUGGGAGAAGAGUCAGCUGGCGGAGCAGGACGUGGAGGCGCUGACGGGGGCCCUCGAGCUCAUCCAGAGCGCGUCACAGUUGCUCGAGAGCGACGAUCUGGACAUGAACGACAAGAUCCGGCUUGCUACGGCCUACUACGUCGAGUCCAUCAAGCUGUUCGAGACGGCGGACGCCCACGCGUAUCUUGGCUGGCACUUCUACUUGGACGGGAAGGUUGACGAGGCCGUGAGCGAGUGCCAACGUGCUAUUCAGCUGGACCCGGCAUUCGGGAAUCCGUACAACGACUUGGGACUUAUUCGGGUGGACGAAGGCAAGAGAGAUGAGGCGCUGGAGCUGUUUCAGAAGGCGAAGAUGGCCCCGCGGAACGAUGUGAGGCAUUAUGCGUGUCAAAACCUAGCGGCGCUGCAUCUGGAGGAGAAUAGAGUGAAGCCAGCGCUGCACGAGUACAUCGAGUCACUGUAUUGGAUGCGACCCGAUGAGAAGAAGAGGAACAUGAUCCGGAACACCGUCAGUGAUAUGGGAGAUGUCUUGGUCACCUUUGCGACGACCAAAACUGCGACGGAGUAA